AUGCCUCUGGUCGACCCCAUCACCAAAGAAGUCGAUCUGCGAGUUUACCUAUCCGCAAUUCGCCCCAUCGUGAUGUACGAAUCAGAGACUUGGGCAGAUCUAUCUACGGUGAUGGAGAGGCUUGACUGCACGGAACGAAAGGUGCUUAGACGGCUAUUUGGCUACUUUUGGCCUAGGGAGACCGGCAGAUCGCCUUGUUCAACAAGUUCUGAGGAGUUUGUCGGGCCGAGCUGGAAGAAGCCACCUGGCCGAAAACGGAAGUUCUGGACUGAGGUGGUGAAAGAGGACCUGAGGACACUCGGCGUGGAUAGGCAGUUCAGACGAUACAUGAAGUUUCGCAGAAUAUGGAAUAGCGACGAAUGGAUUGAUUCCACGUAG